CUGCCGUCAUAGGCAAGCUCUACUCACCUCUGCUCUCAUUUAAAACUAAUUCUCCAUGAAAUAACAGUAACGCUGGGCCUCAAGGAUGGCCAACUCGGGUGCUGUUCAGGUGAAACUAGAACUUGGUCACCGUGCCCAAGUUAGAAAGAAACCCACUGUGGAAGGCUUUACCCACGACUGGAUGGUGUUUGUUCGAGGACCGGAGCACAGCAACAUUCAGCACUUUGUGGAGAAAGUGGUUUUUCACCUGCAUGAAAGCUUCCCUAAACCAAAAAGAGUGUGCAAGGAUCCACCGUACAAAGUGGAGGAGUCUGGAUACGCAGGCUUCAUCUUGCCUAUUGAAGUUUACUUCAAAAACAAGGAAGAACCGAAGAAAGUUCGCUUUGACUACGACCUGUUCCUCCACCUGGAGGGCCACCCGCCUGUCAAUCAUCUCCGCUGCGAGAAGCUCACCUUCAACAACCCGACGGAGGAGUUUCGUAGGAAGCUACUGAAAGCCGGAGGGCAGCGGGAUCCUCAUAAACGAAGCUCAGAAGACUCAAAAGUGAUGGUAAUGCAGGAGGGCUCGACCUCCCUGUUCGGACAGCACCUGAAGCUGCCUACACUUCCCAACAGCUCGCUGACGUCCACCUUCUCCGACCCAAAGAAGAGCAAAAGCUUCCUUGGGUCAAAGGAUGGCACCAAAGGAAGUGGAACUACCCUUCUCACCACCGCCACAACCACCAGCACCAACAGCAGCUUCUCCAAACUCCACAAACCCUCCAAGGACCACAAAGACAAGCCACCAAAAGACUUGAAAGAGCCCAAAAGUGCCUUCAGAGACUCUGGCUGGGAACCCAGCAAAGCCUCCAAAGAACCUUCCAGGAAACCCAAAGAGAACCAGCCACUUAGAGAUAUUAAUCCUAAGAUGGGCUUCAAGGAACCCAAGUCUUUGUCCAAGGAGCAUCGGACUGAGGGGAUCACCCAUGGGUCAGGGCUAAACAAGCGUCUGUCCACCUCUGACGGUGACGAUCACGUGGCCAAAAAACGUAAAAAGGGAUUUGUGGAUUCAUCGGGGAAGCAGGUGUCAGGGUCAGACACUCAACAUUCAGAUAAGAAACUAUUGAAGGAUAGAUCGCAAAUGCGAACAAGUAAAUUACAACCACAGGGUGACGAGGCUGAGCGCAGGAAGGUGUCAGCGCUUCCUCCAUUCCAGGAACUGGUAGACCCCAAUGACUCUGAUAUGGAAGACCAGUCCACCAAAUCAGAUUCCGAGCAGCCCAGUCCAGCCAGUUCCAGCUCCAGCUCGGGUUUUGCUCCCACACACCACAAACGACAAGUGGUGGACUUCAUCAUCAGGAAAAGGGUGGCUAUUCCUGCCACCACCCACACAGUGCUGGGCCCGCUGCAGUCGGUGAUGCAGGACCUGCACUCGGACGACAACGACGAGGAUUCGGAGGACGACGACGACAACGACAUGGACUCGGACAUGGAGCGGCUCGCGCACUCGCAUCUCACACACCAUCAGCGUAGGGUCAGUUUAAGUGAUGGCAGUGAGAGUGACAGCUCCUCGCCCUCACCCCCGUCCCACAACGAGGCCCCGCCCUUAUUAAAGACUACUAAUAACCAGAUACUGGAAGUGAAGAGUCCCACCAAGCAGAGCAAACAGGACAAGAACAAAAACAUAGAUUGUGACAAGGCUUACCUGGAUGAGCUGGUGGAGCUGCACAAAAGACUGAUGACACUAAGAGAAGGUCACAUCCUGCAACAGAGCGAAGACCAUGAGCGGCUGCUGGAGUGAGCUGAGCACAAACGGCUAAGGUUGAACGUUCUCGUGGUAACGAAGGCUGUGCUGCGGCAGGUCCUGCUGAUCGGCUCGUUGGCUGCAACUUAAAGAAAGCUUUGUUGUGUUGGCUCGUUUUCUGCUACAGGACCCAGUGAAACAUGCCAAAAGCUUAGUUAAUAGAUGUACCUGGUUUAGGAUACUACUAAUGUUUGUCUGCAGACUAUGAUUUAAAUGAAAUCCUUAUCUCUUUGCCAUUGGGGACCGAGGGGGGGUGGCGGGGGCGGUGAGUGGAUUUUGUAAGAACAGACCCAAACCCUGUAGGAGGUGAGGGGAGAAGUAACUUCCCUUUGGAAUGUCAGAUGAGUAAAAGAAACUGCUUCUGAAAUGUGUGAUUAAAUAUUUUUGGGUAAAUCCAAAUGAGAACGGGGAGGGGGGAAAAAAAAAAAAAAAGAGCCAAUGGGAAUUUUGACCGACAGGUACUGUUACGGGUUUACGAAAAAAACAAAACAAACAAAAAAAAAGAUCUUUUAUUUAUUUUGUGGGAGUUUGAGUUGUUAAAUGGAAGCUCAGCAUCAUCAUUUUUCCAUGGAGGAAGCCUUCGUUUGAUUUGUAAACAGAGGACACUUUUGCCAGUCCGACAAACGGAAGCUGAGGAUGGUUUGGACUUGUGCCGGGUCCUUUCCAAAUGACCUUAAAGGGUUUUUUUCUCGCCCUGCGUUCUGUCUUAUGGUUUCUUGUGUAUUUUGAGGACAUACAAUAAAUAUUCUGUAUGAUGUACA